AUGUCCGUGCGCCGCGGCCAGCGGCCCGCGCGGCCGGUCACCCGCCUCUCCUGGCUGCUGUGCUGCAGCGCCCUGCUGUCCCCGGCCGCGGGCUACGUGAUCGUGAGUUCGGUGUCUUGGGCCGUCACCAACGAAGUGGACGAGGAGCUGGACAGCGCCUCCACCGAGGAGGCGCUGCCCGCGCUGCUGGAGGACUCGGGCAGCAUCUGGCAGCGCAGCUUCCCGGCCUCGGCUCACAAGGAGGACGCACACCUGCCGCCCCCGGCCGGCGCCGCCCGCUCCAGGCCGCCCCCCGCGCCGCCCGGGAUGUUCUCCUACCGGCGGGAGAGCGGCCCGAGACUGCGCCCCAGCACCGCCCGCUUCCUGGCCCACGCCAGCGCCUGGGGCUGUCUGGCCACCGUGUCCGCCCACGAGAAGAUCCCAGGACUGCCAUUUGGGAACUGCCUGCCCAUCAGCGACGGCCCCUUGAACAACAGUACUGGGAUUCCUUUCUUCUAUGUGACACCCAAGGACCCUGCAGUGGCCGAUCUGAUGAAGAACCCCAUGGCCUCCCUGCUGCUGCCAGAAUCUGAAGGAGAGUUCUGCAGAAAAAAUAUCGUCGACCCGGAAGACCCCCGAUGUGCCCGGUUGACGCUCACUGGCCAGAUGACUGCAGUGUCUCCAGAAGAAAUAGAAUUUGCCAAGCAAGCCAUGUUUUCAAGACACCCAGUUCUGAGGAAGUGGCCUCGUCAGUAUGAAUGGUUCUUUAUGAAGAUGAAGAUAGAACAUAUCUGGCUUCAGAAAUGGUAUGGUGGAGUAUCCGACAUUUCAAGGGAGGAAUACUUCAAGGCAGUUCCAAGAAAGGCCUGAUGCAGUAAGAGGAAAGCGCUCUGUGUUUGCGUGAAAUGAAAAUCUUUUAAGUGCUGCUGCCGAUGGCGACUGACCGCUGACUCUUCGUUGCCAGGGUUCGCAGCAGCCCUGUCAUCCUCACAGCAGAACGAGAGAGGGUGGCCAGGGAACCCUGUGCCAGACUGGAUAUUAAAGUGGUCAUUUGCAAACUCCCAAUCCACACAGGUACUCACAUAUAUAGCCUUUGUUCAUAUAGUAUUCACACCCGUCUCACCGACUUGAGAAACAUUGUUGGUUGUCAAAGUGACAUGUUGAGACAGUUGCCGUUCCAUUCCUUAGGACAAAAAAAAAAAAAAAAAAAAA